AUGAUGAGAGUUAGCAUGGCUUGGAAAAAGCUGGUCAUGAGUGACCUGUUUAAAGGAAUCAGUUGCAAAAUUGGUUACAGUUGUCCUAACUUUUGGGGAUUUUUGCUCAUCAAGGGAUUGCAGCCAUGCAAGUCUUGGAAAGUAUGUUCCCAAGUGGUAUCUAAAAGCCGACCUUCUCUCACAAAAGGUAUAGAUUCAAAAUUUUCGAAUUUUGACAUGAUCAUCAAUAUUGACGGCAAGAAGAUAAGAAAAGCCUUCAAUUCAAUACCAGGUAGAAAAUUCUGCAUGAAUGACUUAAUGAAAGGGAAUCUAACAUGA